AUGUUAGAGGCAACGGGUGAAUUGGGAGAAUCGCUGUACGAUGUAGCAAUAAAUGCUGAUCUACCCAUCGACGGAUUUGGAGCUUGUGAAGGCGUUUUAGCUUGUUGUACGUGUCACGUCAUUCUUGAACCAGAACACUACAAAAGAUUGCCCCCGCCUACCGAGGAUGAGAUAGAUUUAUUAGAUCUUGCACCUGAUCUGACAGAUUAUUCACGUCUUGGUUGUCAGGUAAAAUUAACUAAAAACGAUUUGCCGAGCAUAGAAAUUACAGUUCCAUCUGAAGUUCGAGAUGCCAGAACAAAUGUUUAG